GCGGUGCAGAAAUAAAAUUUUAAACACGACGCCGGCGGCGUAGUAGACACUAGCUUUUUUAAAAUAUCUGUUUAACAUAACCUUACUAAUUCUGUUUAGCUGUCACCGGCAAUUUUUUAAAAUUGCCACUGUUUUAACUAUAAAAAUGGAAUUAAGUGAUGAUUUAGUGACCGUGCAAGGCAUUUUAGUAGGCCUGAUGAGAAAUACUGGUGAAUUUACCAGAAUUAAUCAUAGAGGAGGAAAUGAAGACAGAAUUUUAAAUGUUGUAAUUGAAAUGGAAAAAUUUUUGUCCUCAAAAAACUAUGUUAAAAAAAACAAAAUAAAUAAAACAUUUACCAAAGAAGUUGAAGAUAUUGUUAUGUUUUUGACUAUAAACACAAAUUUUAAACAUCAUCUAAGUUUGGAGGGUUAUUCGCAUUUAACAAAUAUUAUGCCACAGCUCUCUAAAUGCUUAUUAUCUAAUAUAGUUUAUGGGUUGGAUCUUUGUCAAAGUUUGUGUGCUGUUAUGAAAAAAUUACCAUUGAAUAUUGUCAUCGAGCUUUUGGAAGAAAUGGUUAUUUGUCUUAAAAAGUCAGACCCAAAAGUUCAUUUGGAAUAUGCUUUUAUGUUUCUUACCUGUGUAUCAGAAAUUCUAUACUCCACAACAUAUAAUAAUGAGAAUGAAGAAUUUAUAGAAAAAAUAAAUGAAGUAACAAACAUAAUACUUUAUAAUCUAACUGGUUUAUAUUCAGACAAAAUGAAAACAUGGAAAGUGGAAAAAAUAUAUGAGCAUAUGGGAUAUAGUCUGAUAAAAUUAUUUGAUUUACUUUUGUAUUGUGAAAAAGAUAAUAUUUUACAUAGACAGUUUCUUGAAAAUAUUUUGAAAACCAGUUGUGCAAUUUUAAAAAAUGUUACAAUUGAUGUUUAUUGCACUUGGGCAGAGAUUGAAGAAGAUGAUCAAUCCUUGCAAAAUAAAAUAGCUAUACAAGGAUAUUCGGUUUUAGAAAGUUUUCAAAAAUACUCAGCUGCCAAGGAACUAGUCACAAUUCUAGCUAAUCUGGCUAGAAAACCAAAAUCUUUAUCGGAACAAAUUCACGAAGCAGAUCUUAAAACAACGAUAAAAAAAGUUAACAAAGAAGAUGCAGAUCAAAAGUACUGGUUUAAAGCAUUACUAAACACACAAGUUUUUAAAGAUAAAGAUACAAUUGAAUGCGCGAAAAAAUGGGCUCACUUGUCCAGUGCAGACGAUGUGUCACGCCUUCUAGACUUAAGUGUACUGGGUUGUGACGAUAAUGGUAAAGAGCUGAUAAUAAAAUGUGCUUCUGUGCUGAGCGCAGAAGAUUUAAUUUUGACAAUAACCAGGCAUUUUUAUAAAAAUGGUAGUAAUCAUAUAUUAAAUGAUAACAUAAACAACCAGAUGGUUUUGUUGUUCAACAAAUUUAAGCGCAUGGAAAAAGAUGGUUGCAUUAAAGAUAUUGCUUUGCUUGUGCUGCAAAAUCCUAAACAGUUAUUUGCGUAUAUUUAUAAGGAAUGCAUCAAGGAUCAAUAUUACUCAGAGUUGUUGAAAGAAUGUUUCAUUUCUUUGAAAGAAAUAUCACAAAUUGAAAAAAUUGGUUUUAAUAUUUUUAAUGAAAUUUACAAUGAAAGUAGUCUAAAUGAGCAAAAUGUAAAUAAUUUUGCAGUCCUAUUAAAUAUGCUUUUGGAUAUAAAAUAUUUUACAGAUAAUACUGUUGUUACACAAUUUUUUUAUGUUCAUUUGAAUACAAAUGUUGCAUUGGAUGAAAACAACAAUGUUUUACACUUACUACAGCUUUUUAAUGAUCUUAAAAUUAAAAUACAAUUAAAUGAAUCAAUUAAAGGGUUUAUUAAGCUACUUCUUGAUAUCAUGGGGAAAAGCAGAUGCAGAUUUUUGGAUUUUAAUCUCUUAAAACAAAGCAUUGUUAAAUGUGUUGUUGAAAUUUUAAAUAAUCAUUGUGAUUAUUAUAUGAAUCAAAUCUUUAAAGUUGAAUUAAGUGAGAACGCAGAUAAGUUUGUAAUAUUUUAUUACACACGUCUCACAAGGGAUAAUUCAGUUUCAUUUUUAUCUCAACUGUACCCAAAUUUUGAUGAUAAGCUUUCUGCAAUUGCAACCAAAUUAAUACAAAUUUUACCACUUUGUGUAAGUGAUGAAUGGUUACUUUUAUCAAAUGAGAUUGUCAAUAAAAUUGGAUUAUUAAAAACUAUUGAAUUGCUAACAGAUGUAAUGGUAUUGCUUUGUCAAGUCGUAAAUAAUUGUAACAAUGAAGAUUAUACUGUAAUUCCUAAAGGUGCUUUAAAAUACUGCAUACAAAAUUAUGGCCUUGUAAUACAGCAUUGUAUGCAAUUGCAAGCAGAACCAGAAGUUGAAAAGUAUGUGGCUGUGAAUAUUUGUAGAGCUGUUAAAAAGUUUCCAGAAGUCAAUAAAUCUGAGGAUGGCUUAAACCUAAUAAGCAUUAUUACCGAAAGAUCUCUAAAAUCCUUGGCCAAUGACAAGGAGUUUGUUUGCCAACUAGUUCAUAUAAAUGACCAAAAAAUUUGUCAAACAUUGGCUCAAAGAAUGUUAAGUUAGGUUUGUUUUUUUCUUUAUUAUAAUUGUUUUAUUUUUGAUAAUAA